AUGAUUUUUAAAUAUUUAUCACAAAUUUCCAAAAAUACAAAUAAAACCACAACUAAAAAAUUUGAAAACAAUAGUAAUGUUAUGGAAAUAAAAUUCUCAGUGAAUGUUGUCCAAAAAAGCAGAGGUUCAGUACACACAUUCUUUUAUACUAGACCAAAUUACUCUAUUUAA